GCUAGUCGCGCAUGCGACAGUCUCUCAACUCAACAAUCAGGUGUAAAGCGACAUGGCCGAUAGCGAAUUUGAAGAAUUUCGCCGAGUAUUCGAUAGAUUACCACAGCACAUUAAGGCCCCAACGCCUUUUUACUCAUUGGUGCCAAAUGUGGGUCUGGAAGAUGACUCGCCGUCAACAAAGAGUGAGUGCUCUCCGGAGGAGGACGGCAAGGAUGAUAUGCAUCCUUGCCUGGGAGAUGGUGAUACCACCUCCACACUAGUCAAGGAAGAAGUAGUGUCGCCACCGCAGCCGGAGGUGACAGAAGCGCAGCGUAGCCCACAACAUUACACAUUUACAAACGGCGAGCGUAAAAGAAGAAAGUUACCAGAGAUCCCAAAGAACAGGAAAUCGAAAAUACUAGCAUGCAAUCAGCCUGCUUCGCUAGCAGACGAGCUGGGAGCACUGACUGGACUUCUGAUUCGGCCCGGUUGUCAGACAAGACCGCUCCUAGUGCUCAAAUGUGGGUACCUCCUGGAUGAGGACUCCAGCCCAGACUCGGAGAGGCUGCAAAGCUUAGGCGAUGUAGACAGCGGUCACAGUACUGCUCACUCGCCAAUCGACACUGGCCCGAAAAGUAUAUCGCCGACACCGUUACAACAAAAUGUAUCACCGUCAUCAAGUUGCAGUAUCAGUGGAAUGAAUUUUGCCGGUAACAUGACAAAUAUUCCGCACAGUCAACUGGAAAUGCUGGAAGCAACGCACAGAGGCCUACAUAAAUUUAACCCUAGACAUCAUGAUGAAAUCGAAGUUGAAAUUGGAGACCCCAUUUAUGUUCAAAAAGAAGCUGAAGAUUUAUGGUGUGAAGGAGUUAAUUUAAGGACAGGUCAACAAGGAAUUUUCCCUUCAGCCUACGCAGUAGACAUGGAUUACAACGACUUUGACCCCGCAAAUGCCAAAGUCAAAAAAGAGAGAUAUUUACUGGCGUAUAUGGGAUCAGUGGAGACUUUAGCUCACAAGGGCACGGGGGUUGUAUGCCAAGCUGUCAAAAAGAUUGUUGCAGAAUGUAAUGGAGAACCUACCAUGCAACCUUGCAUUCUAGAAGUAUCAGAUCAGGGACUUCGCAUGGUAGAUCGAUCGAAACCUGAAAGAAAUCGAAGCGGGCCGUGCAUCGAUUACUUCUAUUCUUUAAAGAACGUGUCGUUCUGCGCGUUCCACCCGCGCGAUCACCGAUAUCUUGGGUUCAUCACGAAGCAUCCGACGUUACAGAGAUUCGCUUGCCACGUAUUCAGAGGACAGGAAUCGACGAGACCUGUAGCAGAAGCUGUAGGGAGAGCGUUCCAGAGGUUUUAUCAGAAGUUUAUAGAAACGGCGUACCCUAUUGAAGAUAUUUAUAUAGAGUAGAUCUUUCAGCAGAAUUGUUAACGUCACUCAUUCAUGUUUAGGUAACUCUAGAGUCAGGCAUACAAAACGCGUCGAAGCCGUGGCGAGAAUUGAAGUUAAACAGCUUAUUGUUGCUGAUUCUAUCUAAUCUUCUGCUAUAUUUUUUUUUUCUUAAUAUUCACGAAAACAAUAGUUGUCGCGCGAUAGUCUCAAUAUUAGUUUCGCUACAUUUCUUUACAUUUUACAAUCAAAAUUAUUUAUGCUCGGAUUGGAAAUUAGUUAAAAAUCUAUAGAGUAAAAGAUUGAAUGUAGGUAUGAUAGAAUCAGCGCCAGUACAGGUUUUGAAUUUAUAACAUUCCAAAGAAGGGUUCGGCUUUAAUUCAAUUGCAUUUCAUUUAAUAUAUGUAAUAUAACCUCAUUCUUUGAAUUCAUUGCUGUUCGCUGUUAGCAUUUCGCCUUAUCGUAGGUUAAGAGCUACAGAAUCUGAAACGAAACAAUUUUUAUUAAAAUAUACUUAUUACACGUAAGCUAUAUAUAGGUUUUUUAUGUAACAUUAUAUUUCACUAAUAUAACAUGUAAUCGUGGUUCGUAAUAUUAAUGAACUGGCUUAUCACCAGGCUUAAUCGUUUGCAUUAAUUAAGAUGAAAUUAAUAUAAUAGAAAUUAAGAGCAUAUCCAUAUUCUUCAAUUACUAUAAUUAGAAGCGUACUUCGUUAUAGCAUAUAAGUUGAAGUUUUGUAGCUCUUAACGCUAACAAUAAGGAUGACCACAGCGAGCGUAUAGUCGAGCAAGUCUUACGGCAUAAGGGCCCUAAUGUUAAGAAUAUAACGGUGUGAGAGAGAAUUUAUUAUCCAGCUAUUAAACCACUU